AUGAGGAAGGAAAUCGCCAGGUUGGUGGCGCACAUCAAGAAGCGGCUCGGGGAGGAGGAGGCCGGGACCGGCGUGGUGGGCGUCUCGAGCUACCUGCGCCGGUUCGGCGCGCUGGUCGGGCUGGGGAAAGCGGAGGAGGCGGCGGCGCUGGAGGCGGCCCGGCGGCUGGAGGAGGGCGCGCUGGGCGUACCGCACAACGCGGAUUCCCUCGCAGCCGCCGUCGUCUUUCUAGUCCUCGAGCGCGCCGGCUCCGUGACGUCCGUGAAAGACGUGGCGGCGGCCACCGGCCUCUCCCAGAUGACCAUCUACGCGGUGUGCAGGAAACUGCGCCCGCACCACGACCGGCUCUUCGGCUGA